AGCCCACUUCGCAAUUCCCUUUUAAUUUCUCUGUGUAAUGUCUCAGUCUCUCACCCACAUUUUCAUCAGACAGUAACCAUAGACUUAACCAACUUCUAUCACCAUGAAAGCUCCUUCUCAUCCCCUCUCUAAACCCAAAACAACUUCUUUUUUCUUUUCAAUUUUCAACAACCAGCUGACACUUCUCUUCCUUUAGUUCUAAGCCAAUUGGGUAUCUUUUUUAUCUCAUGAUCACCUGCAUUUGUUGCGCAUUCCUUGUUGUUUUAAUGCCUCCUUGAGUUGUAAAGGAAGGUUGAAGCUACAGUAUAUUGAAGCAUAUUCUUCAUGGCUAGUAAGAGUGAUUCACCUGCAAAUUUCAAUGUCCCAGUGGAUGUUAGAAGAAAGAAGAUCAGCGGGCAGCAAAUGAGAGAGGCACUUGAAAGAGAGGUUUCUGCCCUUCAACAAAUGCUGAAACAAGAAGAGAAGGUGCAUGAGAUUUUGGAGCAUUUACACAACAAGGGUGAUCAUGGCUCUGGGAUUUCUAUCCCAAACUUCCUUCCUCCCAAGGCAAAGGAGCUCUUAGCAGAAUUAGCUAUGGUGGAAAGUGAGAUAAUUCGACUGGAAUCCCAAAUAAGCCAACUUCAAAAAGGAUUGAAACGUGAACAGGAAAUUGCAAAAGAGACAAAACCAAAGCAAUGGCAACCUGGAAGCAGUGUAAACAAUCUUCAAAACCAUUUAUGGAGUAGCACCAUGCCAAGCCCUUUAAAUAGAAGCAUUAUUCAAGAGAAGAUGGCAUUUGAGACGAAGGCAUUACAUUUUAUAAGUAAAGCAAUUAAAGGUGAUUAUAAUCUUAAUGAUUUCACUGUCAGUGACAAAAUGGGAAGUUCCAGAUUAUUUCCUGACCUGAAAGAAUAUCAAUUCAAUGAGGAGGUUAAAUUUCAAGAAAGGCUUCCAAGAAAAAGUGGGAUGCUCAAGUCUCCUUCACCUUUGAGAGAUCCUAGGCAUCCAUCACCCAAGCCACGAGAGAAGAAUGUGGAAUUCUCCUCGGAGCACUUACCAAAAUCACUGUCCAAUGCAAUUCUAUCAGAAGAGAAUAAUAUCCAGCAAUGCCAGCCCAACAAGCUAUCUGAGAACAUCAUCAAGUGUUUGAACUUCAUAUAUUCUAGGUUACUAAGAGCAUCAAGAGCAAUGGAACUGGAGAAAUCAGGUCCCAUUUCAAGGUCUCUGCAAUCUUCUUUAAUAUCAAGAAGUUUCAGAACUGAUACAAGUUCAAACACCAAGUCAAACCUUGUUUUACAAAAGGAAUCAAGACAACAGGACCCAUAUGGCAUCUUUGAUAUGGAAGAGUCUAUUCCAAGAGAUGUUGGCCCUUACAAGAACUUGGUCAUUUUUACAUCUAGCUCUAUGGACCCAAAAUUCAUUUCAAGUUCUAGUUCUAUUCCUCUGCUGAGAAGAUUAAGGGUCUUAAUGAACAAUCUGCAGACUGUGGACUUGAGAUUCUCGACUUACCAACAGAAACUAGCCUUCUGGAUCAACAUGUACAAUGCUUGUAUCAUGCAUGGAUUUCUCCAGUAUGGAGUGCCUUCAUCUCCAGAAAAAUUGUUCACAUUGAUGAACAAGGCAACACUAGACAUUGGUGGGAACACAAUCAAUGCUCAGGCAAUAGAGCAGUAUAUUUUGAGGAAGCCAACAUCUUCCAACAAGGAUGAUAAAGAAGCACUUGUUCGUAAACUUUAUGGACUCAAAUCGACAGAUCCCAAUGUCACAUUUGCUCUUUGCUGUGGAACACGUUCUUCUCCAGCUGUGAGAGUAUAUACAGCUGAUGGUGUUAUAGGUGAACUGGAGAAAUCAAAGCUAGAGUACUUACAAGCCUCAAUUGUGGUGACUAGCACAAAAAGGAUUGCAUUCCCAGAACUUCUGCUUAGAAACAUGCUUGAUUUUGCCUUAGACACAAAUUCAUUGGUGGAAUGGGUUUGUCAACAGUUGCCUACAUCUGGGACUUUGAGGAAAUCAAUUGUGGACUGCUUCAGAAGCCAUAACAGUGGGAAAAUAACCAGCAUUUCUGUUGAGAAGAUACCAUAUGACUUUGAGUUCCAGUAUCUGUUGGCAAUAUAGACUUUUGAUUUAUAAAUUUCCAUUUUUUUUUCAAUUCCUUUAUCUUUUGUGGAAAGAGAAUAAUGAGAAGAGUCACAUUGCUUCAACUAAUAAACUUUCUCAAACACACUGACUUUGCUGAUGUUCUAUUGGAGGCUUCGUAUAUGUAUCAUCUGCAGUGUACAUAAUGAGUGUUUACAAAGAAAUAAGAGUUGGUAUUGGAGUGUAAUUUUUAUUCAA